CUCCAUUUCUUCGGCUUUUCAGAAAAGCAUAAUAUUUUUCAUUCCCUGUUCGGAGAUUUUCUUUUUCCAUUGAUUUCAUUAAAAAGUUUCAAGGUUGAAUAUCUUCCCUCCGUCAUCGAAAAGAAGGCUGUCUUUAGGCAACAAAAGUCUGAUUUCCCGGCAAUUUUCUCGACUCACUGAUCGGUUUUUAAUGGAGACACCUUGUUCAUCUACAAGAAGAGUCACCAGGUCACAGACUUUGGCUGCUUUAAACAACAGUAUCUCUGUAGCCAAAGAAUCUGAGAAGAAGAGUGUGCUGCAAACAAGAAAUGGAAAGGAGAAACAAGAAGAAAGGUCUGCCCUUAUUGAUAUAACGAAUGAUUCUCCUAUUGUUGGGCUUGCAAUGGGGACACCAUCGUCAAAUACAUCUAAGCAAUGGAGACCCAAGAUAAUGAUGAUGAUGACUCCUGGUUCUGGUGAGGCAUUACUAAGGGGUCAGGUCAAGACUCUGUUCCAAAAAGACGAAGAAUCGGAGAAGAAGAGUGUGUUAAAAACAAGAAAUGAAAAGCAGCAGCAACAGGAAAGGCCUGCCCUUAUCGAUGUAAGGAACGAUUCGCCUAUCAUCGGGCUUGCCAUGGGGACACCAUUGUCUGAAACAUCUAAGCAAUGGAGAGCCGAUAAAAUGAUGAAGAUGAUGACUCCUGGUUCUGGUGAGGCAUUACUAAGGAGUCAAGUCAAGACACUGUUGCAAAAGGUUGAAGAAGAAGAACCUGAGGUUUCGAAUGUUCCGUCAGAGAGCUGUCAUUUCCUUCGUGGUCAAAGCUGUGUGGUUUCUCCAAUGGGACUUGUAGCUCCUACUCCUGCAAAUACACCACAAAUUGAAGGCUCAAUAGUGAUGGCUCUUCCUGUUGUUGAAGAAAAUUUGAGGAUUUCUGAGGUGGUGAGUAGCAUCUUUGAUGGAGUUUGUGUUGAAUCAGAGAAAAGUGAGAUAACAAGGUCUUUGCUGGUGGAGUUUUCCGAGAAAUCGGAAACCUCGGAGGAUUCAUCAGAAUGUUGUUACUCUGUGUUGACCGAUGAAUGCAGUGCAAGUAAAGAGAAGGUAUCAUCAUCAUCAUCCAUUGAUGAUGAUAAUUCAUCUGUUUGGUCAAUCCAAGUAAAUGCAAGCACCCAUGAUGAAGAUGAGGAAACAACUAUUGAAGAAAUGGGAGAUGAUUACCAUGAAGAUGCAGAAGAAAUGGGUGAUGAUGACGAUGGAUUGGUUGAUGAGCUUUGUGAAGGUUUAAGCAAGAUGAGCAUGGAAGAGAUGUUUCAAGGAAAACACACUAGACUUAUAUACAACAGUGAUGAAGAAAUUGAAGAAGAGUGUGCAGAGAUUAAGGCGGAUUCAUCCGAUAUCAUUCGACUCAAGGGAUUGCCAACACCGAAAGGAAAGCACCUGCGGUUUCCUCUAGAUGAUUGAUAACUAUCUCGGUUUAUAGGUGGGGAUGUUGGGAUUCAUUUUGUUGUCAUCUCAAUUUGUUUGUUCUUUCUGGAAAAAGAACAGAUCACGAACGAAGUGAUUGAAUAAAUAAAAAUUGAUGCAACGCAAAAAUUCCUCGGAAA